GUGCUCGCUGGAAGAAUGUGUUGUAAUUUAUCAAAAACAUUGAAAUAAAGUGGGUUAGAAACGUGGGUAUAGAAAAACGUGUGAAUUUCAGUACUCUGGCUGGAGCAUGCUUUGCUGUAGCUGAUUUUCAAGAAUUGUCGCCGAUUGCUCGUUUUUGUGGUGUUUACUUGAGGUUUACGGACAGUCGAGUGAAAUAGGAAGUCAAUUUCGGUGUGAAAUCCCACUGUUGGGAAAAUAUUGGUAGAAAUGGAAUUAUGGAAUCGAUUAGAUCUUGUCCCUCCCGCUCUCAUCAACGAAGAAUGCAAAACAAAACACAUCAAAGACGAAAUACGUGCUCUAACGAACACGAGCGGCAAGAUGCUGAUCUACUUUGUAUCUUUACAAAAGUUUGAUAAAGCAGCCGCAUAUCUUUCUCGCUUCUGCGUUCGUUACAAAGCGCGGCAACGUAAUAUGCACGGUUUUCAGAUUAUGCACCGUAUUAACCAAACCCUGCUGCGCAUCAAACGGCUCAACAUCGUGCGCGAGAUUACCGACUUUCAUAGCUUUCUGCCAGAGUCAAGCUACAUCGAGAAGGUUAUGCGUCUUCCGGUACGGUCCAAUCUCGAGCAUCUACUUAUACGGUUGCAAGGACUUGCCAAACUACUGUUGCGCGUGAUUCUUCUCACAAAUGAUGCAGCGAGCUAUCAGCUGAAGCAAAUUAACAGAGUAUUUCUGUUCUACCACAGUAGCACCUUUUUGGCAUUGAUGGGCGAGCUAUGGUUACUAGCCAGAAACAUUUGCCGCCGCGUAAAUCAAUAUUAUGACGAACUGUAUCCCAUGUUGGAUAUUCUUCCCGAUUGUGCGGAGCGAUGGCUACCGGAUCAGUAUACUUUACCGGCCAGUAUCGCUGAAUGGAUCGGCUAUCAGUAUCAGGAAGAGAUUGUUGGAGGAUCAAAUAAGAAGACUGCGAUGGAAACAGAGACAUCCUCUACUAUUUUCAACCUACUGCAACACCACGGAUCCGAGGAGACGAUGAGCGUUUCAAAGCUUACAAAAGAAGUAAGAGACGUAGCGGAUGAAUGCGAGACUUCCGAAGCAUCACUUGCUUCCGUCCCGAAAGCGAUGCUACUUGAAGCGUUGCGUUCAGAUACCGGAGAGCGGAUUGAUUCAUUGAAAAAAGAGUCUGUAUACGUACCGAAAUCGAAAAGCUUUGAUGUCACCAAAUUAAACCACAUCAAAUCAAAGUUCCAGGUUAAACAGUUUAUAGCCGAAGAGCGCAGCAAUCGCACGGCAAAUCUGAAUCACGCGGCCACCGCAGCAGUGUCGGAAUCACAAUUCGGUGAUUUCAAUGUUCGUCUUAUGAAAGAAUAUAACCGGUUAUCAUCAGCUGAGUUUGUAAAAUUUUUCAAACAGCAAUUAAUGCUCCUUAUCAAAGAGUAACAGAAUAAGGCAAUAAGCAGAUCGUCCUAGUGCAUCCUUUAUCCUCAUCAGCUACACAGAACAGCCGUUGUUGAAUGCGUGUCGUGUUGCAUUGGUAGUAACAUUUCUAGAAGAAAACCCUGCACAAGAGCUUUAGUUAAGGGUUUCCUGCACAAAAGUUUUAGUUAUAAUUUUACUAAUGUUUGCCAUUCCCUCUCCCUUUCAAUACCUUUAUUUUUCUGUUAAAGUUUUGAACGUGUAAAAACAGCACAAAAAAUGAACACUCAGUGAUAGGGGAUGCUAAAAGGUUAUUUUUAUCCAUUUAUUCAAUAAGGACGUUACAAUUUACGACUGACUUUCAUCAGCUACACAGACCGACCGUAGCGGAACGCGUGUCGUGUGGCAUUGGUAGUUACGUUUCUAGAAGAAAUAGAAAAAUAUUAUGAUAAUAUAUAUGGCUUUCAUAACUUC